AUGGACAACCCCAGUGCGGAAGAACAAAGUAACCUGCUGCUGCGAACCAAGUCUUCAGCUUCUUCACGAUCGACUGCUUCAUCAGACUAUGACAAGUAUUUGCAAUUGGCGACGGGGAAGAACCCCGUGAUGCUUAUGGAAUUGGACCAGGAUGGAACUAUUAGGUACCUAUCGGAGUUGUGGGAAACGUUAGUGGGUCCGCGUACUUCUGAUCAGAUUUCUGAAUUGAUUGUGGGUUCUGAAGAGGAUAAAUUUGUAUUCCACCGUGCUAUGGAGAUGAUGUUGGUUAACGAGAGUAUUAGUUAUACGGUGACAUUUAACGUCCUAUCUAAUGGUUCACACCAAAUUCAUGAUGACGAUGGAAACGCAGGUGAGAAGGAGGAUCCUCAGUUGAAUGAAGAGAAGAUUAUUACACUUGAAGCGUGCGGGAUUCUACUGCGAGAUAAUGCAACCCAACUGGUGACGCAUUCGAUGUGGACAGUGAAACCAUUCCAAUCUGUCAUGCUUGGUGAAGGCGUCGACUCUAUAUUACCUCCAGAUUUGGUCAAUAGACUGGGAUUCUGUGCAGUGAUUUUUGCAGAGUAUUUGAGAGACAUCGAAGACGAACAGAUAUUGGAUGAAGCAGAUCUGCCACCGCCUAGAAUGGAACUUUGUAGAGUCUGUGAGACAUUUGUGCCGGCAUGGUGGUUGGAAACGCACUCCCAAAAUUGUGUUUGUGAGCAUAAGAUAGAUUCCUUCGUUCACCUGCUUCAUGAUAACUUGGUAGAACAACUGGCACUUUUGCAAAGUGCGACGUUUAGUGAAUACAAGAGCCUUCCCAUUGAUUUACAGUCACCAACUACGCGAAUGAUGAUAGAACAAUUGAAAGAACUGUGUGAAAUAGCUAUAAAUAUAAAUCAAAGUGAAAUGCGAGUGUCGCUCGAAAACAAGGUUUCGGCAGAGGAUAUACUGGCAAACCCAACUAUGCUAACAGAGGCGAAUGCUUUAGGGAGUUAUGAUUUCUCACCGGGCUCAAAGUGGAAUAUUGAAAAUGUGCAAACUUGGAAGCUAUCAAUUAAAGAGGAAUUGAGCCAUAACACUGGGUUGAAUUUAUUGGUAAAUGACACGAUCGAUCUUGCAAAGAAGAAAGUAGACGCUAUCUUAAGGCUUGACAAUGCUAUGACUUACUCUUUAAGAAUCAAGAACGAGAUUGAUAAUUGGGUGUUACAACUCAUCUUACUUCAGAUCGAAAAUAACAAGAUCAAAAUGCAACGCGCCACAGAUUUUAGAAACCUAGAAUCAGGCUCUACUGCAGAAGUUAUGACGAAGGCAAAGGGACCUCUUCAUGAAGAUUUACAACUCCCGUCCGCGACUGCAUAUGAUAGCAUCGAAAUGUUUGACAGCUCUUUGAAAACUGGUAAUCAAAAUGCACAAUCUACAUCCGGCACUAAAAUUGCUUCGCCACAGCCAUACCGUGCUCAGCAGAGAGAAAUAUUCUCGCCAUCAUACCAAAUGAACGACCGCAUUACAGAACCAGCCUUUUCUGGAAACCAGACAAGUCAGAGAACGGGUAGAUCACGGUCCAGCAACGGCUCCCAUUCUCUAAGCAAUACUGACAUACGCUCAAAAUCGAACUCUCACUCCAGAUCAUUGACCCCAAGUCAAAAGGCUCCAGAUCAUCAGCCACUUUUACCAAGUAGAGACCUCAGUCUCGAUCCUAAAAAAGAUCAGGAUUUUACUGGAAGUGGAGAAAACAUGGACAAAUCUGAGUCAAGUCACAGUUCGCUUCCCACUAUCGUUUCUACAAAGCCGAAUAGUUUGACAAAUUGCUCAAUCUUACCCAGGUUUAAAUCAACAAUUUCACUUACACAGGGAAGGAACUCACCAUUACCUCAAGCUUUAACUGCCAACCAAAUGUCCCGUAAGAGCAGUGGGAUUAGACUUAAUCAAGAAAAGUCACCAAUCGUCUCACCAAGUGCUCUUGCUAGAGAUUUUCUUACCCCAGAACAGCAUCCGAGCUUAUCCAGUUUACCAAAACAGCCGUUAUCUCCCCUUUUACUCGCCACAACUCAAAUGAAGAGUACACCAGCUAGUAUAAAAGAUUACAGUGUUCUAAAACCAAUUAGUAAAGGUGCUUAUGGGAGUGUCUACUUGUCACGUAAGAAGAUAACGGGAGAAUAUUUCGCCAUCAAAGUACUGAAAAAAUCUGAUAUGAUUACAAAGAAUCAGACAACAAAUGUGAAGUCCGAAAGGGCAAUCAUGAUGGUGCAAAGUGAUAAGCCUUACGUUGCAAAGCUGUUUGCAUCAUUUCAGAAUAAAGAUAACUUGUUCCUUGUCAUGGAAUACUUGCCAGGUGGUGACCUUGCUACCCUCAUCAAGAUGAUGGGUUGCUUACCAAUCGAGUGGACUAAACAGUACAUUAGUGAAGUGAUAGUUGGUGUCGACGACAUGCAUCAAAUUGGAAUUAUUCAUCACGAUUUAAAGCCAGACAACCUACUGAUUGAUAGUGACGGUCACAUAAAGUUGACUGAUUUUGGGUUAUCGAGAGCUGGUUUGGUGCGGCGUCAUCAAAAUGUCCCAUCGUCGGCCAGGCUAAGCUUUUCAUCUACCUAUGGCAAUCAUAGCUCAGGAAGCCCUAGUGAAUUGAAGAUAGGUAAGAAUCAUCAUCGUAAGAAGAGUAGCACAUCUACUACCCACAGCAAUGGUAGCAGUUUCAACUUUGCAACUCGUAGCAGACAAAAUUCGAUCAUGGAAGAGACAUCCGACAUUCAUCACUCGACGAAUCCCACGAAGGAAGCUGUCAGCCGAGAAAAGCAACGUGAAGAUUCGGUAUCAAGUUCUCACUCGAAUAAUGACAUCUCCGCAUUGCACAGAAGCGAUUCACAGAUGUCAUUCUCCUACAUGAAUAUAUCAAGGUCCAGUACCCCUACUCCGCCAGUAAUUGGGCCCUUCCAUGCAAGAAAUAGCUCCAAUACCUCCGAAGUUCUAGCAGAUAUGAACACCCCCAGUGAUUUGGCACUUUUCAAUCCUGACGAAUCUAGACAAGACAAAUGUUUCUUCGGAACGCCAGACUACCUGGCACCUGAAACUAUAGAAGGAACAGGCAAGGACGAUAAUUGCGAUUGGUGGUCUGUGGGCUGUAUCUUCUUUGAAUUGAUUUUUGGUUUUCCUCCUUUCCAUGCUAACACACCUGAAGAGGUAUUUACCAAAAUUCUUUCUGGAAAAAUAGAAUGGCCUAAAUUUACCUCUCCAGAAGAUGAGAAGAGUUUUGAACAAUCACACGCCAAGGAUUUGAUUGAGAAGCUUCUUGUAGUUGAUCCUUCCAAAAGGCUUGGCUCUAAUGGUGCUCAAGAAAUCAAAGACCAUCCUUAUUUUAAAGACGUAGAUUGGGACAGAGUCUACCAGGAAGAAGCUUCUUUUGUUCCUGCAGUGGAGCACCCAGAAGACACCGACUAUUUCGACUUAAGAGGUGCAGUGUUAGAAGACUUUGGAGACGAUGAAGAUGAGGAUGAUGUACCAACUGCUCAUUUACCAAGCAUUGAUGCCGUCACUAAUUUCGGCCCACUUCUAGGUUCCGAGGAAAGUAGCAAGAGGACUCCAAACUCGUUAUUGGGCAAUUACCACGAAGGCAAUGCCCACACCCCUGUCAGCAAGCUAAGCAUAUCGUCUGUCCUGGAAUCUAUGUCGCAAGAAAAUAGCAAUCGAUCUUCUCCUACUAUCAAACAUAUGCCCUUGGCUAUUCCACCUCACAUGCGUGACCGCCGCGUGAGUAAAUUGAAUGAGCCUCAGGCUGAGUUUGGAUCCUUCUACUUCAGAAAUCUCUCUGCAUUAGACAAAGCAAACAAGGAUGCCAUUAAUAGGCUGAGAAACGAACACUGCACAGAAAACGUUGGCGUCCAUCGUCGAACAUCGUCUGCAUCUUAUCUCAGCUCCUCAUCAGACAACUCUGCAUCCAAAGCAAGGAAUGGGAAAACAUCUGCUUCAGGGUCACCAAGUGGCAUCACUUUUGGCAAGGUUAUGGCUACGUCUGACUCUCCUUAUUUUAGGACAUCUUCGCCAGAUUUGACUACAAGUAUCGAAACCGCAGGUCUCUCAAGAAAGGGCAGCGGUGACAAUGGCGCACAGAGUCCUGCUAGCAGUUUCUUUAUGCCUGGUGGUGACGAAUCACCCUCGGGCACCAAGUUAAAGUCACCGUUAUCGCCAUCCAUUGCCACUUCGCCAACUUCACCAACUUUUGGACCGCCAGCUUCCUCGUUUUCGGCCCGCACUAGGUUGCUGAGCAGCUCAUGUCAUAGAAGAAGCUCUGGUGAUAUUUCCGCUGAAGAAAGUGAACGUUUGACAGCUAUGUCAAAAGUCAAUUCAAUACGUGGAAGGAGACGCAGCGGUAGAAAGAGUUCCACAAGCAGUGAUGUCAAUUAUCGCAUGGAUGUGCUGGUCUGCGAACCAAUUCCGAUCCACAGGUAUCGUGUCACCAAGGAUUUGGAGUCCUUAGGAUGCACAGUGAUUAGUGUUGGGGCAGGUGAUGAGCUGGUGAGCAGAGCCACCAGCGGUGUGAAGUUUGAUUUGAUCAUUACUGCACUCAAAUUACCCAAACUUGGCGCAGUGGAUAUUGUAAGGUUACUGAAGCACACAAAUAGCAUCAAUGCAACCACCCCAGUGGUAGCUGUAACUAACUACUAUCAAGAAGCAGUGAGCGGCAACGUCUUCGACGAUGUGCUAGAGAAACCCGUUGCUUACGAUCAAUUACGCAAAAUUGCUGCUAAAUACACGCUCGAGAAGGUGCAACAACAGGAAGAUACCAUUGUCAGCGAUAGUGAUUUCAGUCAGUGA